UUUCUCGCGACAGGUCGGUAAGAUGGCUGUGUCUCGCGGAGCCUCGUGCUGGUUUGGUUGAUUUCUAGCUCGCGCUCUCGUUCUGUAACAGAAGCCCCCCCUCCAACAUACACACAUUCACUUGUGUCGGUGAAAUUCAUUUCCCUGGCUCUGUAUUUAUAUAUUUUUUCUUUAACUAACUUUCCCUUCUCUCUUUUAACUUUAAACGGAGUCGCGGUGGAUUACCGGAUACCGGUCCGGGCGGAGGGCAAAGGGGGGAAUGAACCGGGACAACGGGUACGUUGUUAUAAAUAUAAUUGUAUUUAUAUUCAAUGGUUAUUCGGAGUUUGAUUGUGAGUGAGUCGCCGUGCUGAGAGAGAGAGGCAGAGAAAGAGUGGGGGAGAGAGAGAGAGGGAUAUCAUGGCCGCUCAGGUCGCCAGCGUCGCCACUCUCAACACUAGCCCGCCAUCCGAACUCAAAAAGCCGGAUCGGGACUCACAGGAGGAGUCGGUACCAGGAGAGAAACAGCAUGAAAAUAAGGAACCGGGACCUGACGGCGGAUCUCCUGGCCAGAAGGAGCUGCAGGACGGGACCGAUGCUGGAAAUGCUGGGGGAGGAGGGGAUCCUGACAUGAAGAACGGCAACGGGAAUUUGCCCAGGGUAAAUAAUAAUAGCAGUAAUCAGAAUGAUACAGGCGGGCCCGAAGGGAAUAACCAUCCCGGAAUGGGACACCACCACCCGGGCCCCUUUCCUCCACCUCCCUACGGUUAUAACCAGCACUACAGCCGGGCCCCUUUUCAUCAACAUGGCGGACAACAAAGCCCUGGCAUGGCAGCUGCACCGGGGCCGGGCAUGAUGGACCCUUACCCCCCUAAUUCGCACGAACACGGCUACCCUAACCAUUAUAACAACUACAGCCCGUUCCAGAACAGGACUUCUUAUCAGGGCCAAGGAUACGGGGCCAUGAAUUCCCCGCGUAACAACCAGCCUCCGGCGGCUGGGGGGCAGCCAGGCAAGCAACAGCCAGCAGGAGGAACCACAGCUAUGGCUGCCUCUUACAAUAAUCAGAGGUAUAACAUGGGAAACCAACAACCUACGUCUACGCCAACUUUAAAUCAGCUUUUGACAUCCCCAAGCUCUGCCAGGAGCUACCCGAAUUACCCCCAAGGAGACUAUAACAAUCAGGAAGGGGCCAAUAAGGGACCAGGAGAUAUGGGCAGCAGUCAGUAUGGUGGGGUCCAUCCGGGUUGGCAACAAAGGACCCACCAUCCGCCUCCUAUGAGCCCGGGAAACACUGGACAGCCUCCAAACAGAAAUCAGCCUGCAAGCCCAAUGGACCAGGUAGGGAAGAUGCGUGGCCAGCCAUAUGGAGGACCCAUCCCCUACUCCCAGCAGCAGCAAGGGCCUCCCACAGGGCCUGGACCUCAGCAGGGAGGCUCUUACCCAGGGCAGGGCUACGGCCCCCCGGCCCCUCAGAGGUAUCCUAUGGGGAUGCAGAGCCGAACACCUGGGGGUAUGGGCAGCAUGCAGUAUGGACAACAGAUGUCAGCCUAUGGACAGCAGGGGCCAGGUGGCUACCAGCAGAGCCAGGGCUACUAUGGUCAGCAUGGCCCCCCACCUCACCCUGGCCAGCAGCAGCCUCCAUACCCUGGCCAACCUCAGGGCAGCUCUGGGACUCCCUACCCUCAGCAGGGCCACCCUUCGCAACCUCCUGGUCAACACGGGCAGACAGGACCCCCAUACCAACAAUCCCAAGGUCCCCACGGCUCUGCUCCAGGUCAGCCUCCGUAUAGCCAGCCCCCACAGUCUCAGGCAGGGCAGCCACCCUACGGCCCUCCCCAACAGCAGCAGCAGCCCCAACAGCAGCAGGGACCUGGUCCUCAAAGCCAGCCGGGCCCUCAAGGCCAGCCUGGCUAUCCACAAACCCCUGGACCAGUGCAACCGCCACAGCAGCAAACCCCCCAGCAGCAGCAGCAACAGCAGCAGCAAGGGCCCCCGCAACAACAACAACAACAACAACAACAACAACAGCAGCAGCAGCAGCAGCAGCAACCAGGAGGUCCACCUCCUCAAGCCCAGCAACCUCCAGGUCACGGCCAGCAGGGUCAACCAUCACCUUACUCCCAAACACCCCCUCUGCAGCCGCAGCAACAACAACAGCAGCAGCAGCAGCAACAACAACAACAGUCACCAUAUCAGAGGUUCCCACCUCCUCCACAGGAACUUUCCCAGGAUUCCUUUAGCUCCCAGUCCAGCGCUCCUCCUUCUAGCCAGCCCAUGGCUUCCAACAAAACCAGUCAGGAAGACAGCAUGCAGGCCCGGCCAUCCAGUCUGCCGGAUCUGUCGGGCUCCAUCGACGACCUGCCCACUGGUACAGAGGGGGCCCUGAGCCCAGGCGUCAGCACCUCAGGGGUGUCCAGCAGUCAGGGUGAGCAGAGCAAUCCUGCCCAGUCGCCCUUCUCUCCUCACACUUCGCCUCACCUGCCAGGCAUACGAGGGCCCUCUCCAUCACCUGUGGGUUCUCCUGCUAGCGUCACUCCCUCCCGCACCGGCCCUCUGUCUCCUGCUGCUGUGCCAGGUAAUCAGAUGCCUCCGCGACCACCCAGCGUCCAGUCGGACAGCAUCAUGCACUCUUCCUUGAACCAGUCGGCCAUGGGUCAGGACCGGGUGUACAUGCGUAACCCUCAGAUGCCCCCUUACGGGUCCCCUGGACAACCUGGGUCAGCCUUAUCUCCGCGUCAAUCAUCAGGAGGCCAGAUGCAUAGUGGGAUGGGACCCUAUCCCCAGAACAACUCCAUGGGAAACUACGGACCUCAGGGGGGUCAAUAUGGUCCACAAGGUUACCCCAGGCAACCCGGCUACACGGGGAUGCCCAAUGCCAACUAUCCCAGCGGUCCCGGCAUGGGCGGCACCAUGAACCCUAUGCCUGGUCAGGGCAGCGGGACUCCGUAUGGAAGCAUGCCGCCUGGCAGAAUAGGCCCCGGGCAAAUGGGUGCUCGGCCCUACGGCCCUGGGAUUGCCUCAAACAUGGGCGCCAUGCCUCCUCAGGUGGGGUCUGGGAUGUGUCCCCCUCCAGGCAUGAACAGGAAGGAUGGCGGCCCCUCCAUGCACCAUGGACCCACUAACUCCAUACACAGCAGGCCACCUGGCUACCCUAACAUGUCCCAGGGCAUGAUAGGAGCAGGCUCGCCAUACGGCCCUGGCAUGAACAGUAUGCAUGGCAUGAUGAACCAGGGAGGGCCAGGGCCUUACCCAAUGGGAGCAAAUAUAGCCAAUAACACCCCUGGGAUGGCUCCUAGUUCAGAGUUUGGCAUAGACAAAAUGAACCCUGCCCAGAAGAUGAACAACAAAGUGGACGGGACACCCAAGCCCGAAUCCAAAAAGAAGUCGAGCUCCUCAACCAUCACCAAUGAGAAGAUCACCCGUCUGUACGAGCUUGGUCCAGAGCCAGAGAGGAAGAUGUGGGUAGAUCGAUACCUGGCAUUCGCUGAGGAGAAGGCCAUGGGCAUGAACAACCUGCCUGCAGUGGGACGUAAACCCCUCGACCUCUUCCGACUCUAUGUGUCUGUCAAAGAGAUUGGCGGCCUCACCCAGGUGAACAAGAACAAGAAGUGGAGGGAGCUGGCCACCAACCUGAAUGUGGGCACAUCGAGCAGUGCGGCCAGCUCGCUCAAGAAACAGUACAUCCAGUGUUUGUACGCCUUCGAGUGCAAGAUAGAGCGUGGCGAGGACCCGCCCCCGGACUUCUUCAACACGGACACCAAAAAGAACCAGCCGAAGAUCCAACCUCCCAGCCCAGCUGGUUCUGGAUCCCUGCAAGGACCCCAAACUCCUCAGUCCACCAGUAGUUCGAUGGCAGAGGGGGGAGAUCUGAAGCCGCCCACUCCAGCUUCCACUCCGCACACGCAAAUGACUCCAAUGCCUGGUGUCAGGAGUAGCGUUAAUCUGCAGGACCCUUUUGCUGAUGGCGGAGACCCAGCGUUUUCCAGAAGGAAUGCCAUGACUCCCAACUCACAGGGCUUCCAGCCUGGGAUGGGUGGCCCUGAAAUGAUCGGCAGAAUGGGUCCCUAUGAGUCUAACAAAGACCCCUUUGGUGGCAUGAGGAAAGCUGGAGAGCAGUUCAUGCAACCAGGCCCCAACAGUGGAAUGGGAGAACAGUAUAACAGAGGCCCACCAGGCCCUAUGGGCAACAUGCAGAUGGGCCAGAGGCAACAAUACCCUUAUGGAUAUGACCGAAGACAAGAGCCAGGCAUUGGCCCUGACGGCAGUAUGGGACCAGGAGCUCCCCAGCCAAACAUGAUGCCUUCUGGAGCCGACACAGGGAUGUACUCACCCAGCCGCCCUCCACCACAGCAACGGCACGACUCAUAUCCCAAUCAGUUCCCUGGCCAAGGAGCUCCCCCUGGUGGCCCAUAUCCAAAUCAACAGCCCGGAAUGUAUCAGCAACCGAACUACAAGCGCCCUGUAGACGGAGGGUAUGGUCCUCCAGCCAAGCGCCAUGAGGGAGAAAUGUACAACGCACCCUACAGUGGUCAGCAACAGCCAGGACCCCAGUCCUCGGGGCCCCAGGGCCAACAGGACAUGUAUAACCAGUUUAAUGCAUACCCUGGAGGGGAGCGGAGGCCACAAGGCCCACAGAACCAGUUCCCCUUUCCCUUUGGGCGGGAGCGAGGACCACCAUCUGCAGGCCCCAACUCUCAGUCUCCAAUGCCUCCCCAGAUGAUGACAAGCACCAUGCCUUCAGGUCCUGAUGGCCCCCAGGGCCCAAUGUGGCAGGGCCGCAAUGAGAUGGGCUACCCCAACUAUCCCAACCGACAGGGACCUCCUGUACCAGGGCAGGGCCCAGGAUACCAUGGCAUGAACCGCUCAGAGGAGAUGAUGUCAUCAGACCAACGCAUGAACCACGAGGGUCAGUGGCCCAGCCAUGUUAACCAGCGGCAGCCGCCAUUUGGCCCCGGUGGUUCUGGACCUCCCAUGACCAGACCCCUGCCUUCCACCUACCAGACUUCUCAGAACCACAUUCCUCAGGUGUCAAGCCCAGCACCCAUGCCCCGGCCCAUGGAAAGCAGGACCUCACCCAGCAAGUCACCCUACAUACACCCAGGCAUUAAGGUGCAGAAAGCUGGACCUCCAGUACCUGCCUCUCACAUUGGCCAGGCCCCUGUACAGCAACCCAUGAUCAGGCGAGAUGUGGCCUUCCCUCCUGGCUCUGUGGAGGCUUCCCAACCCCACCUUAAGCCCCGCAGGCGACUCACCAUGAAAGACAUUGGCACUCCUGAGGCUUGGAGAGUGAUGAUGUCACUAAAAUCAGGCUUACUAGCUGAAAGCACCUGGGCUUUGGAUACCAUUAACAUUUUACUGUAUGAUGACAAUAGUAUUUCUACUUUUAACUUGUGCCAGCUGCCUGGAUUCCUGGAGCUGGUGGUGGAGUACUUCAGACGCUGCCUCAUCGAGAUCUUUGGCAUCUUAAAGGAGUACGAAGUAGGAGACCCUGGUCAGCGCACCCUCAUAGACCCCAAUGCUGCUGAGGACUCUGAUGAUGAAAUUCCCAUGCCCGAUGGUGAGGACAUGGACAUGGACGAAGAGGACGAAGAGGAUGAGGAAGCAGAGGAAUCAAAGGGCAAUCCUGACUGUUCCUCACUGGUCAAGGUGAAACAGGAGGAGGAGGGCUCACAGAAACACAAGUCUUUAGAGGAUGAGGAAGAGGAGAAAGAGAGGGAGCCUUCUAAUAAGGAACUCAGUACCUCUACCUCAGGGUCCUCCCAGGACCCCAACCUCCACUCGGAGAAGCCCAAGCAGGCUAGUAAGUUCGAUAAACUCCCCAUAAAGGUGGUGCGGAAGAAGAAUCCCUUCCUGGUGAACCACUCGUCCAAGCUUGGGCAGCGGCAGAGCUUUGAUAGUGGCCUCAUACACUGGAGUAUUGGUGGUGGUGACACUACCGAACACAUCCAGACCCACUUUGAGAGCCGGAUGAACGUUCUUAAGCAGCGGAAACGCACACCAACAGCUGCCGAGAGCCGCAAGAAGGCCCAGGUGACUGAGACUGUGACGGAAAACCCAGAGAAAUCCAAGACCAAUGGGGAGGACAAGCCUCGGCAGCAGGUGCCCCAGGCUUCUGAAGCUCAGAAGUCUCCAGCAGAGAAGGCCCCUCCUCCUCUUCCCAUUGGUGCACCAGUCACUGCCACCAUUGAUGAUGUACUAUCCGCCCGCCCAGGGUCAGUCACAGAGGAAGUGGUUCGUGGAGGAGCUGAAGAGCAGAAAGAGAACGGCAAGUACCUGUUUAGUAUCAACCCUGAACUCCAGAGCCGACGCAACAUCAAGAUCCUGGAGGAUGAGCCUCAUAGCAAGGACGAGACGCCACUCAGCACUCUAUCAGACUGGCAGGACUCAUUAGCUCGGCGCUGCAUCUGCGUUUCCAACAUAGUCCGCAGCCUCUCCUUUGUUCCUGGCAAUGAUCUGGAGAUGUCAAAACACCCAGGGCUCCUGCUGCUGUUGGGCCGCUUGGUUCUGCUCCACCACAGGCACCCUGAACGCAAGCAGGCACCAGUUACCUAUGAGAAGGAGGAAGAGGAAGAUGAAGGCGUGAGCUGUGAGAGAGAUGAGUGGUGGUGGGACUGCCUCGAGGUAUUGAGGGAGAACUGCCUGGUCACUCUGGCGAACAUCUCAGGCCAGCUGGACCUUUCUAUCUAUCCAGAGAGUAUAUGCCUUCCGCUUCUCGAUGGCCUGCUCCACUGGGCUGUUUGCCCCUCAGCAGAGGCCCUGGACCCUUUCCCUACACUGGGACCCCAUGGCUCACUUUCCCCACAGAGACUGGUCCUCGAGACCCUCAGCAAGCUCAGCAUCCAGGACAACAAUGUCGACCUCAUUCUGGCAACGCCACCGUUCAGCCGCUUGGAGAAGCUGUACGGCUCGCUGGUGCGUCUGGUCGGUGAGCGCAAGGUGGCUGUUUGCCGGGAAAUGGCGGUCGUCCUGUUGGCUAACUUGGCCCAGGGUGACAGUCUAGCAUCGCGGGCUAUUGCUGUGCAGAAAGGCAGCGUGGGUAACCUGCUGGGCUUCCUAGAGGACAGCCUAGCUGCUACACAGUACCAGCAGAGCCAGAGCUCCCUGCUACAAAUGCAGGGCGCACCUCAGUUUGAGCCCACCAGUGUGGACAUGAUGCGGCGGGCAGCCCGGGCCCUGCACGCCCUGGCUAAGGUGGAGGAAAACCACUCGGAGUUCACUUUGUACGAGUCCCGGCUACUGGACAUCUCGGUGUCCCCACUUAUGAACUCUCUGGUGUCCCAAGUGAUCUGUGAUGUACUGUUUCUGAUUGGCCAGUCAUGACAGCCGUGGAGAGGUUUCAGCUCUGCCUCUUUCCGUUCCCAGUCACACCCACCCCCCCUUUUUUUUGUUUGUAUGCGUGUGUCUGUUGCGUGUGAGUGAAAAGAGCAAAACUGACUGUCCUUUUUUUCUUUUUCUUUUUUUUUUUUUUUUUUAAUUUAUGCAAAAUCACCUCGGAUUCCACUGUCUUUCUACCCCUGCUUCUCACUAAAGGAAGGAAUAUCAUGAAGUAGCUGUGGAUUUUAAAACAUCUGAAAUGGAAAGAUACUGACAAAGAAGAGCAGAUUGGGACCCAGGCAUAGGACAGAGUGCGCUGCCCUGCGGAAAGGACUUGUUUUUUUUAAUGAAAAGAAAAAAAUCUCCAGAAAAAAAAGAAGAAACUGUAACCAAAGUUGCUGUCUCGUUUACAGUGAGUUUGGGGGAUACAUGUGCUCGCUUUCUCCCUCGGGGGGUCGGCAGGGGAAAGUGGGCACGGACUAAACAAUAUUAUGGUUCAUGUUUGGAGGCUUCAUAGACUCACGGACUGUGGUAUGGUAUAAUUGCUGUAACUUUGGAUGCUAUAUACUCAGCCCCACAGGAACCACAUUAUUGGCUGUGAACAGACAUCUGUCAUGGGAGGCCUGUGCAGUAGAUUGUAGGACUUUUUUCUGUACUGUACACCUUAAAAACUGUAAACAUACUGUAAUAAUACUGUUUCACACUGAGAUACGCUGGCUUGGCAGCAAACUGUAGUUUUUAAAAACAGUUUUAGUUAUUGUCGAGAGAGAAAAACGGCUUUCCCCCCAAAGUAUGGUGAACCUACAACACCCCGACCUCUUCUCUUUGUCCCUUGAUUGUAUGACUUGACCCUUAUAUUAAAAAGUCACCUCUUUAGGACUGGUCCUCAACUCUAGAUGCAGUCCAAGCUGCAGUGUAUAUAUGAUGUUGUACAUUACACUUCUCUCUCUUUCUCAACUUCUGUUGCUGUUCACCAUUUUUAAUCUUUGACGAUGACAAGUUUCCCUGCAUCAAGUACGCCAUGUGAUUACUUGACGCCCACCCUGUCCGUUACUUAGGCGCCUCACCCUGCUCGUAUCGCGCUCCAGGGGGUGUUUUUAGCUGCUGUCCAAUGCAACCCCCAACAAACACAACUUCAACUUUCAGUUUGUCUCCGGUCUGGGUGUAGAGAAUAUAACAAAAAUUGUGUCUGCGGUUCCAUUUGAGCUCCUUCAUAAAUGACAAACUAGACCUUGAUGAAGAAACAUUUUAAUUUUGUUUAUUUUGUUUAUUUUUUUUUUCCAGUGAUGCGGAUUCUGCAUAUUUGUAUUUCAGAUGAUGUAGCUAAAAACUUGAUGUAAAUUCCUCUUUUUUCCUUUUUUUUGGCUUAAUGAAUAUCAUUUAUUCAGUAUGAAAUCUUUAUACUAUAUGUUCCACGUGUUAAGAAUAAAUGUACAUUAAAUCUU